AUGAUGAUGAAAAUGACACUCAGCCAUGCUGUCAUGGUUUCUAUCACUGCCCUUGUAGCCAUGGUUGAUGGCCAGCAGUAUGUAUAGCUCUUCCCUUGCAGUCUUGAAAUUAUCGAAUAUGGACAAGUCUGACGGCAUGCUAACGAAUGAUUCAGUCACCCAAAUACUCAAUAUGAUCAUGGCUCCUACAUACAAACCACGAGUAAACCAUUCAUCUUUAUCCAUCCUGUCCCAACCGCUGCCUCCGAAAGUCGCUUCAUCCAAACUCGAACCGUAUUUAUCGAUCCGAUUCGAACAAUUGAAAGCAGUACUUCCUUUGUCACUUCUUUCGUGAAGCCGACCUUCACUCAUGGUAUUUCCGACCCAAAGCCAACUACAACUCGUGGAAGAGGUUAGUUUUCUCUAUGACUCCUCCUUACAACAUUUUCUAAUGAAAUCAAGGUUCUACAGACGACGUCCCAAACUUGCCACACAAUAGUGAUGGAUCGGAUUAG